AUGAGACAUGCUGUAAAAAAAAAGGAUAUCCAUGGCCGGGUAUGAUUAAUUUUGUGAUCCGUACGCAAGAGGAUGGAUGAGUAGUGAGUAGUAUGUGUGAGUAAUUAUAAUCAUUUCCUUUGAAAAAGUAGAAAUGAAGGAAUGAAUAGUAAGAGAGAAACCCAAAGGAAAAGAAGAAAGUAAGUUUGAGAGAGAGAGAGAAAGAGUUAAGAGAGAAUUGAAUUAACGAUCGGGUCGUGCGAUCGAUGAAAGUAAAAUGCAAUUGCAAUUGCAGUGGUUCGAGUGAUUGAAAUUUGAAAGUGAUGGCGUCUGCUAGCCUUGGAAAUGGUGGGGUUGGCAGUUCCAGGUCUGUGGUGAGAGGAGGUUCUUCUUCUUCUUCGACUUCGACUUCUACUUCUGUGGAUUGGCUUGGUAGAGAGAUGCUUGAGAUGAGGUUGAGAGACAAGGUGCUCGACCCUGAUGAUGGCACUGGCAGAGAGAGUGAGCCUGAGCCUGAGCCUGAGCCUGAGCCUGAGCCUGAGCCUGACAUCAUUGAUGGUGUGGGUGCUCAAACAACAGGCCAUGUCAUAAGAACAAGCAUUGCCGCCCCAAAUGCUCAAUCUAAACAGAAUGUUACUUAUAUUUCGGAGCACGUUGUUGGAACAGGCUCUUUUGGUGUUGUUUUUCAAGCAAAAUGUAGGGAAACUGGAGAAAUCGUAGCUAUCAAGAAGGUUCUACAGGACAAGCGCUACAAAAAUAGAGAGUUGCAGAUUAUGCAAAUGUUGGAUCAUCCAAAUAUUGUUUCCCUCAGGCAUUGUUUCUUUUCAACCACCGACAAAGAAGAACUUUACUUAAAUCUUGUACUUGAAUAUGUUCCUGAAACCGUCAAUCGAAUUGCAAGGAACUAUAGCCGGAUUAACCAGCGAAUGCCUUUAAUAUAUGUAAAGCUUUAUACUUACCAGAUAUGCAGGGCCCUUGCUUAUAUUCAUAAUUGCAUUGGCAUCUGUCAUCGUGACAUCAAACCUCAGAACCUACUUGUGAACCCACACACUCAUCAGCUGAAACUAUGCGAUUUUGGGAGUGCAAAAGUGUUGGUGAAAGGAGAACCUAAUGUGUCUUACAUCUGUUCAAGAUACUACCGUGCUCCAGAACUUAUAUUUGGUGCCACCGAAUAUACAACUGCCAUAGAUAUAUGGUCUACUGGUUGUGUAAUGGCUGAGUUGCUUCUCGGACAGCCCUUGUUUCCUGGAGAGAGUGGAGUUGAUCAACUAGUCGAAAUCAUCAAGGUUUUGGGAACACCAACCAGGGAGGAGAUAAAAUGCAUGAACCCAAACUAUACUGAAUUUAAGUUUCCACAGAUCAAGCCUCAUCCAUGGCACAAGGUCUUUCAGAAACGUUUGCCCCCAGAAGCAGUGGAUCUUGUCUGUAGGUUCUUUCAGUACUCUCCUAAUUUGAGAUGUACUGCUUUGGAAGCUUGCAUUCAUCCCUUCUUUGAUGAGUUGAGGGACCCGAACACCCGCCUUCCUAAUGGUCGCCCCCUUCCUCCGCUGUUUAAUUUUAAACCUCAGGAACUUUCUGGUAUCCCCUCUGACGUAAUCAAUCGGCUAAUUCCAGAGCAUGCUCGCAAGCAGAACUUAUUUAUGGCUUUGCACUCCUAGCAACUUUAAUUUUUCCUCCCCUGUCACUAGCAGGCUGUAAAUUUGCGGUGCAUCUGAGAAAGAGUUCCUACCUAUAUAGGAUUAUAUUAUGUACUAUGACAAUUUUCAAAUUUUUUUUUUGAAUUUGUUGUGAAAAGAGUUGUUUUCUGUUCUGCUCAGGAAGCAACAUUUUCAUGUAUAUUUAUUUCAUAUAUGUGCUACCUGUUACUCUCAUGCCCUCGUUGGGACAUCUUAUGAAACAAGACAUUUAUAGUGUUAAGUGAGAUAUAA